AUGGAUUUCGUUGGGCUGGGUGACAGCCUAUCUGAGAUGAUGCCAAUGAAGAAGUUAUCGCAUUAUAGGAGGCCUCACCAGAUCACCUCAAUAAUGGCGGACAAUUCCCGUGGUGCAUGGGGUAGCCAGCUUCAGUUUGUUCUUACCUGUAUUGGAUUCUCUGUUGGAUUGGGCAAUCUGUGGAGAUUUCCGGCAAUGGCUUAUGAGAAUGGAGGAGGUGAAUAUUAUCUGUUGCAGCAUUGA